GAAGACUUUCCCUUUUUUUUUUUUUUUUUUUUUUUUUUUUAAUACUUACAAACAAGUAACCUUUAGCGCCCUGAUGUGGAGUCCUGCGUAUCCCUAGCAGCAUCCGGAAAGACACAUUUACCCACUGUCAUUCCAUCUGGAUACUACCGGGCCAGUACUGUUUUUUUUUUUUUUAAUCGGUAAAUGGCAUCAUUUAGGGCAAACUAUAUGACAGCGUGAUAGCGUACUGACUGCGACAGAAAAUCGAAGACCUUCUUGUGUGUCGGCUGAACAACGUUUUCGGAAUUAUUGGAUUACUCAGAGAAUGAGUAUCGGGGCGAGCUGGUGAAUCAGCGCUGGACGCGAGGAGACAAGAUCAGCCGCUGCCAGCCCUCUCUCAGACCGCAGAAUCGUGCAAUCAAAAUGAGUUUGGACAUUGAUGACAAGCGUGCAUGCACACGGUCCAAGGGAGGACGAACUCCCACUGAGAUUAUAGUCCAGGACCUGAGCUGCCCCACUCCAGGAUGCAAUGGUUCUGGUCAUAUCAGUGGCAAAUAUGCACGGCACAGAAGUACAAUGAGCUGCCCCAUAGCCAGAAAGAGGAGGCUCCAGGAGGAGGCAGAGCAGAAUCACUCGCCCUCCAAGAGGAAGUCCCACCCACUGAAGCUGGCAAUGGAUGGGCGCUUUAAUGCAGAGAGUGAGGGGAGCAGCGAGGAGAUGGACGUAAAGGAAGAAGACGAGGAAGUAGAGAGCGAAACUCAUCAGCAGUAUGGCAGUGAAGAACAUGCAGGCGAAGAAGAGCAGGAAGCUAGGAGCAGCAGCACCAAUGAGGGAGAAGCAGGUGAUGAAGAGGAGUGCAUGAUCAUUGAGGCAUCCUGCACAAAGAAGGCUAAAUCUGUCGAAACAAAUGACCUUUCCAAUUAUGAGCAUAUAGUAGCCAACUCUCUACUGCACCUCAGCAGCCACAAUAACCAUACCACAACUCCACAACAACAACAACAACAACAACAACAGCAGAAGCAGCAGCAGCAGCAACAUCCUGUAACCAUAGGGGCAAAGGGGAAUAGUUCAACCAGAACAGAAGAGGAGGAAAACAAUGAGGGAAAGAGAGAUGGAAAGAAAGAUGAAAGCCAAACAACAGCUCAAACAUCCACAAUGAAUGGAAUGAAUGAGAAAACAGAGGAAGAGAUGGUGAAGGAGGUAGAAAAUGGAAAGCAGGAUGAGUCAGACCACCAGUACUUCACAGAGGAGAUCAGUAAACAGCUUUCAGAGGAUGACAAGAAGCCACAGGUAGAGAAAACCUGCAAGGAGGAGUACAACAAAGAUGAAGAUGCGAAUGAUCAAAAGUUGGAACAGUAUGAUCUCUCUGACCCCUCUGUGAAUGUUGAAACUCAGGGCUCCCAAAAGGAGGACUACAGUACCCAAAAACCCCUAUCACCACAGAGCUGCAUGUCCAGCCAGGCCUCAGCAGCUCCCAUGAUCAUUGAGGUGCGGUCUGAGGAAUCAGACAAGGAUGAUGAAAAUAGGGAUGAUGAAGAGGAGGAGCAGUCGAUGAUUGCCGACGAGUCAGAGAUGUAUGACAUGAUGCGGGGGAACCUGAGGCUUUUAGAGCAGGCUAUUGCUCUCAAAGCCCAGCAGGUCAAAGGUAACAGAGAGUUCACACCCAUCUCUGAACAUCAUCGCUACUUCCCUCUAGACGAUCAACCAGCCAAACACAUGGAGCUGCUGCGCAAGAGUUACUACUGCAAAGAAAGUUCCAGGCCAGAGAAGAGAGAGGUCAAAUGCCCCACCCCAGGCUGUGAUGGCACAGGUCAUGUGACUGGUCUGUAUCCUCACCACCGCAGUUUGUCUGGCUGUCCUCACAAAGACAGGAUCCCCCCAGAGAUCCUAGCCAUGCAUGAGAAUGUUCUGAAGUGCCCUACGCCUGGCUGCACAGGACAAGGCCACGUCAACAGUAAUCGCAACACACACCGCAGUUUAUCUGGAUGUCCAAUUGCCGCUGCUGAGAAGCUGUCCAAGAGCCACGACAAGCAGCAGCUGUUGCAGCCAAUGACAGAGCAGCCCAAAGGUAGCCCAAACCCAGAGAGAGUUCUCAGACCCAUGUGUUUUGUGAAGCAGCUCGAGAUGCCACAGUGUGGCAGCUAUAGGGCAGCCAGCAUGGUUCCCAACACACCCCGUGCUAACCUGGCUAAAGAGCUGGAGAAGUACUCGAAGGUGUCCUUUGAUUAUGCAAGCUUUGAUGUGCAAGUGUUCGGCAAACGUAUGCUUGCCCCACAGAUACCCACUAGUGAAAGCUCACCCAAAGUUUUCAAAUCCAAACCUUCAUUCCCAAGGACUUCUCCCCCAAGUCCCAGCAUGCAAAGCACCUAUGGAAAAAGCUCGUGUGGAGCCCAUGAUUACUCCCAUGAUGCUGAGGCUGCACACAUGGCCGCUACAGCCAUUCUAAACCUGUCUACUCGGUGCUGGGAAAGGCCUGAGAACCUCAGCACCAAACACCAGGAUAAGAACAUGGAGAUCGAGGUGGAUGAGAAUGGCACUCUAGACUUAAGUAUGAAGAAGCCCAUAAAGAAAGAGGGAGGCCCACUGAGCACAAGCCCAGGCAUGCGCUCCCCUGCCCUCUCUUCAUCAUCCUCAUCAUCCGGGCACCAUGGCAACACAGCCAUCUCACCCCACUUACAGGCCUACAAGCAGGAGGAGUGGGAGGGGCCUCUGGAUUACACCAAACCUAAUCGGCAAAGGGAGGAGGAGCUAGAGGAGAUGGAUCAUACUGCCCAGUCUUUUGUCUCCUCUGAUGCUGAGGACUGUGACACAGCACAGGAGUGCCCGGAGGACAGGAAGUAUCCUGGAGAGGUCACAACCCCCAGCUUCAAAGUCAAGUUCCAGCCCAGGGAGUGCAAGAAAGAGCUCCUUAUGUGUCCCACUCCUGGUUGUGAUGGCAGUGGCCAUAUCACUGGAAACUAUGCAUCCCACCGCAGUCUGUCUGGGUGCCCUCUUGCUGAUAAGAGUCUUCGUUCCCUCAUGGCAGCACAUGCAACUGAACUCAAGUGCCCAACCCCAGGAUGUGAUGGAUCUGGCCACAUCACUGGUAACUACGCCUCACACCGAAGUUUGUCUGGGUGUCCUCGUGCCAAGAAAGGUGGAAUCAAAACAACACCUACCAAGGAAGACAAAGAAGACUCUGAACUCUUAAAGUGCCCAGUACCAGGCUGUGACAGUCUGGGUCAUAUCAGUGGGAAGUAUGCCACCCACCGCAGUGCAUAUGGGUGCCCACUGGCUGCACGGCGCCAGAAGGAAGGCAUGCUGAAUGGCACACCUUUCUCCUGGAAGGCCUUCAAGACGGAGGGGCCCACCUGUCCCACACCAGGCUGUGAUGGAUCAGGCCAUGCCAACGGCAGCUUCCUUACUCAUCGCAGUCUCUCCGGCUGUCCCCGCGCCUCACUGGCUAAGAAGAAAGCCAAGUUUCCUGGGGAGGACUACAUGAAUACCAAGUUUAAGGCCAGCGAUGUGCUAGAUAAUGAUGAAGACAUUAAGCAACUCAAUAAAGAAAUCAGUGACCUCAGUGAGUCCAACAACGAAAUGGAAGCCGAUAUGGUCAACCUCCAAACACAGAUCUCAUCCAUGGAGAGAAACCUGAAAAACAUUGAGCAGGAGAAUAAGAUCAUUGAGGAGCAGAAUGAAGCACUGUUUAUGGAGCUGUCAGGACUCAGUCAAGCUCUGAUACGCAGCCUGGCCAAUAUCCGUCUGCCCCAUAUGCAGGAACCAAUCACAGAGCAGAAUUUUGAAAACUAUGUGAGUACUCUGACUGACAUGUACACCAAUAAAGACUGCUACCAGAACCCCGAGAACAAGGCCCUGCUGGAGACCAUCAACCAGGCAGUGAAAGGCAUUAAGGUGUGACGUGAGGCAUCGCCCACUAGAGGCAUAGAAGAGAAAUGAUGUGUGUAGAUGCAAAGAAAGUACAUGCAAAUGGUACACACAAAAAUGGGCAUUCAGCUGUUUUUGAAUAAUAACAGCCUUCAUCCCAGGGAGCAUUCUGUGACAAGAGAAAAGAGAAAUAUGUAUAUAACAUAUUCGUUCCAAAAUCCACAAACACUGCUGGAUUGGAAGCAGAGGAUGAAAAGACCACAACCAAAUCCUUCUGUUUGGCCAGAGGGGAAAAAAAAGAGAAGCUUGUUUUUGCUUAUUUUUACCACACAAUUAAAGGAGUGUUGCAUGUCAUUGAGAGUGAAGCUGAGGAUGAAGAAGAGAAUGUGUACUUCAGCAUUAAGAAGAGCCAACUCUUUGGAUGAAAUUGUCUUUGUAUUGUGUAUGUGGGACUACUGGCCCUUUAUCACAGCAGAUGCAGCACUUCCUGUAGUGACUCACCACAGCUUCAGGUCAUUGAGGUCCAUUGUACCUGUUCGCCACAAGCUCAUGUGCACGCUCUACUCACAGAGAGAACACAAUGUGGGUCUUUAAGCUGUGUAUUAUUCAUAUCAGAUACCAUCUGGUUAACACUACAGUGUAAACGUCAAACCACACGCCUCCAAAUUUCAGCCAUUAUAUUUAUAAAUAUAUAUUUUAUUAUUAGUUCUAGAUAAACGGUUAGAUUUUAAUACUUUAAAUACCUGUAGAUUGCAGAAGCACUAGUUCCUUUUCAUUCAUUUGCAUUAUUUAUGCUAGAGUAAUAUAAUGUAUUGCUACUCAGUUAAAUCCAGUCAUAUCUGUUAUAUUUAUCAACAAUGAAUUGCACUUCUUUUCAAUUAACAGUUUAUAGGUUUCAUUGUCAAUGUUUUAUAAAUUAUUAACAUUAAUUUAUGUUAUGUAUUCUUCUUUUAAUAUAUGUAACAUUCAUUUAUUUAUGUAUUUAUAUUUUUCAUGUUUUUAUUGUUUACUUUUUUAUUUAUUUGAACUCACCUCCUGCAUUGAAAAAAAAACUAAUAUGAAACAAUGCAACAUACCCCUUCCAUCUUAAAAUGAACACAAAUAUAAAAUAAUAAGAAAAACUUUUAAAACUAUUUUCCGUUUUUUUUAUACCUGAUUUUCUUUUGACAAUAGAUUUUUAAAACUUUUUUUAAGUGAAAAUAUUUUGAACUGACAAGGUUUUUUAUAAUUAAAUAAGGCUGUCAUUUUCUUUUCCAUUAUAGAUAUUUUUUCCAAAAUCCUGAGAGAUCCAAAACUUAUGGAGAAGUAUAAUGUGUAUUUAUUAUUUAUUUUAUAUUUAUGAACUAAUGAACUGUGAUACGAUUGUACUGUAUAUUUAUUUUGUAAUGUUUCUGUGUGUAUUAUGAAAGAGUCUUAGUAGUCUCGUACUUAAAUAAAGACAGAAAAGUCACACUUGGACAAAAACAAGGUUCUUCAAAAUGCCAGCAACACUUUCCAUGGGAAUGUAAAGACAACAAAAAGCAAUUCUUUGGAACUCAGAGCUUCCUGUGAGUUUAAACAUGAAAAGUAUCGUAAAAGGAAGUACAAUUUUCUGGAAUCUCUUUUACUGUGUUUUACAACUUCAAGCUCAUGGUUUUGCCAAUGAUGCUCGGUCUGUCCAGAAUGGCUCUUAAAUGAUGACGACUGAUGAUGGUUUUUCCUCAGUUGGUCUGUACAUUUAGGUACUGAGAUAUAUGUUGAACUAGGAUGGAAAGAGGGGUAUUUAUUGGUAAAAUUUGAUCAGAUGUAUUAAGAGAAACCUUUGAUCCACAAUGUCUUUACUCAGCUAGUGUCAGAUGAGCAUACACCCACGUAGCCUUAUUCUUGAUUUUAUUUUUUUAUUUUAAAAAUGCAAAAAGUGCCACUAACCAACACUUUUUUUCUUAACUCCUCCCAUUCAGCAACCACACAAUUCUUGAGUCACAUGAUGUAAGAUGUGUGGUAAUUGUUACAGUUGCCUUUAUUUUCUUGCCAAUAUGGCCAUGACUACACUAUAUAUACAUUCUGUAUUAAAAAAAGACAAAACAAUUAUAUAGAGAAUAUAAAAACGUACAUAUAUUUUUCCAGUGUAAUUGUUAACACUUACUCUUAUUGUAGCUUAUCAAAGAAAUAUCUUUUGAAAAAAAAAAACUGUGACUAUUACUACCAAUAGGAAAAAAAAACUAAUGACCCAUUUUACUGUGGUGGCAGGAUACAAUGUGUUUUAUAAUUUACAUAGGUACAUUUUUAAAUCUGAAAAUGUUAGGGUUGUUUGUAAAAUUUCCUAUUUUUUGAGGUGUAUUAGGUCCAUGGUGGUUGGGCUUCUCUAUGUAUGUCAUGCUCAUGGGACAGUGGUGUAAUGGUAGUCAAUUCUUUACCCAUCUUGGCAUUACAUUGGGUCUGUGAAGACUCAUCAUAGCCUGUGAAGACUUAUCAUAGUGUGCUGAAAAGGUGGUGGUCCUUCCCCUAGUAUUGUGUGGUGUUGUGUCAGUUCUGGUGGGAGCAGCCUUGUUUAGUUAUUUGUCUCCAAUGCUAAAUGUGAUAAAGAAAGCAGUGUGAUUGUUGUUAGCGAGUUGUGAAAUGAACAUUGUGCCUCCUUAUAUCACCAGAAUUUUACGUCUCCACCUAUAUGCAGUAGAAAUAGGCAUGUUGCUCAUUAGGUGUUAUAAAGGUGAGAUUAUGCAGAGAUGGUGUGUGCCCUUUUAAAAAUAUUGUUAAGUACCAGUUGAAAACUUACCAGUUGAAAACCAAAAGAUUUGAAAUACGAAAGAAAGAUUCAUUUUAGCUAAUGGACAUCUAUCCAUCACACCAAAAAGAAUUGGACAAAAAUGUGUAUGUCUUUUAUGUUUGUUGAUGUCCACUGCAAUACUGUCUAUGAUGUGUAGGAUUAACUUUAAUUCAGUAUUGAGGAUCUGUUUCAACAGGCUUCAAUUUGAGCAUUUAAAAGGGUGAGGUCAUGAAGUUAGAGCAGCUAAUCUAAACAGUUUGGAUCGAGCUCUGGACCUGAAUUGAAUAUAAGGGGGGAAAACAAGGUAGAGGUUAAGCAUUUUUAUUUGUCAUUGAUAUGCUGCUCGACUUCUCUCACUCUUUUACUGAGAGAAUGGAAGAGAUGUCAGUUGCAUAAAUUUAUGUCCAUUUUGUAUAAUGGCCCUGGCCUUAUCCUCUCCUUCUCUGUAACCUUUUCCCGGGAAAGAUGUGGCAUUGCAUUUCAAUGUGAAAUUGCUCACUACUGUUCUGCUUCAACAGAAUAUUAGUUGAGAACUUGGGGAAUUGAGGUACUCUUGUAAUCUUUUUUGCUGUAGUACCAGCUCAUCUUUAAGAGGCAGAAGUGAAGCUUGAUAUUCCCAGUGCUAGGAUCCCGAUGCUCUGCUUUUUCAGUAAUAAACCACUUUCAGUUGAACACGUUAACUUAUUAUCAAGAAAUCACAAGAACUGGUGCAUACGAUUGUCAUGCCUGGGAUAAGGAAUUCUAGCCCUAAGAAAUUAAUGGAAUCUAAUGGAAUCUUUAUUGAACAUUCUGAUAUCUGCUUAUUACUACUGACAUACCAUAAAGCAUGUAUGAGUUAACAUACACUACAUGCUGUUUAAUCAACGUGGUCUCGCAUUUGCAAAUUCAUAAAUAUUUUUUAAUAUGAAUUAACUCAGUUAUAUAUUUUCUUACCAUUCACAUGACAGUCAUGUAACCAGCUUUCUAAAUGUUUUAUUGUUUAUGAAUGGUAAAUUUGAUCAAGUUUCAUAAUGUAGCCUGUUUUCUGAAUCAUUAAGCCAUCUCAUUAAGCCAAGUGUAGCACUAUAAUUGUGUUUCCCCAUUCAAAGCUCACAGAAUUGAAUGACCUGGAUAACAGAUAGAGUAUUGAACAUGAGAUAGAGUAACCACAUCAAACUAAACAGUAUAAGUAAAAUACUAGUCUUCAAGGACUUCUUGGAGUUGGAUUAGCAUUAAAAGAUAGUAGGCCACAAUGUCCAUGGUCAUGGGUUCUAAAUACAUACUGAGUAGGAAGGCAUGUUUGAUAGAAUGUUUCCCAUUAAGCUGAUGUAACCAAAAUGGCCCUCUAUUUGUAGGCGCCAUCUUAUCCUACAGCUCUGUGGUGUUCUCAUGUGUGCCUUUUCUUACUUCACUUAGCUGCAGGAAAAGGUGUGUUUACAUUUUGAAUAAUAAGUUUAAUCAACACUCAGGGUGCCAUUUUUUCAGGGUCUGAGAGGCAUUGGAGACAUAAGUACUGCAAGUUACUUUAAACUGUCACCAUUUAUGUAUUUUUUUUCUUUUACAUGAAAAAAACAUAAUAUAUCUACAAAUAUUCUUCCCAAAAACACUUCAGAAACUGUGACACAAAUUCAUGCUGUUAACUACACUUGGUUAUUGAUUGGUUAUUUAGGGAAUUGAGGGAAUUGUCAAAGGUGAAGCAGUUGUGCACAGGGCAUUGUUUUGACUGCAGUAGGAGUCUGUACAUUUGUAAUAAAGGAACUGUGUUGUAUUAAUUAAACAAUAUUUUCCAAAAAUGACAAAAAAAAAUUGCUUGUGACGUUAUCUACAGCCAAAGCUUGUCCUCCUGAGUCCUUUCUACAGAGAUGAAGUAUUUUUGCUGGUGAUUUUGUAGACGUUGGUACUUCCAAAAUAAUAAGCAGUUCCUUGCAUAUAGAUUGUAUAGAUUUUCGUCACAUUUCUUUGCGAACAUGUUUUGUAGAGUGGGACAGGCUGUGGCUGUGGCACUUUCACAGCUUCAAUUGGAAUGUGUGUAGCUGGGUUUGGAUUGUGACUGUGUUUGUGUACUCUUGUAUCUGUGCUCCUCCAUAUUAAUGUUACAGGAACAGCAAUGUCUUUUGUUGUGGAAACAUCUUUUAAUUUGUUCAUUCCAGUGUUAUCUAUGGACAACUUGAAUAAAGUGGACAAAACAGUGA